AUGUGGUAUCGCCUCGCCGCACUGGCGGCCCUUUUCCUGGCGACGUCCCAAGCCUCGUCGUCCACAUCCAAGAAGCAGCCCAACAUCCUCUUUAUCUUGACGGAUGACCAGGACUGGCACAUGGAGUCGCUCCAGCACAUGCCCCUGCUGCAGAAACACCUUCUCAACGAGGGCACUCUAUACGCGAACCACUACUGCACCGUGGCACUGUGCUGCCCGUCGCGCGUCAACCUCUGGACGGGCAAGGCCGCGCACAACACCAACGUCACGGACGUCUGGGCCCCCUACGGCGGCUAUCCCAAGGUCGUCCGCGAGGGCAUCAACGACGACUACCUCCCCCAUUGGCUCCAGGCGGCGGGCUACAACACCUACUACUCGGGCAAGCUCUGGAACCACCACUCAGUCGAGAACUACAACCAGCCGUACGCCGGCGGCUUCAACGGCUCCGACUUUGUCCUGGACCCCUACACGUACCAGUACCGCAAUGCCACAAUGUCACGCAACGGCGGUGGCCCCGUCAGCUACGCCGGCCAGUACUCGCCCGACGUCACGGCCGCCAAGGCCCACGGCUUCCUGCGUGAGGCCAUGGCGCACGACGACCCCUGGUUCCUCGUCCACGCGCCCAUCGCCCCCCACAGCAGCGUCCAGCUGAUUCCCGACGUCGUCAUGGACAAGCCCGAGUACGCCGACCGCCACGCCCACCUCUUCCACGACUACAUCAUCCCGAGGGACGAGAACUUCAACCCGGAGACGCAGGGCGGCGUCAGCUGGGUCAAGGACCUCCCGCGCCUCAACGACACCGUGAUCCGCUACAACGACGAGUUCCAGCGGUCCCGCCUGAGGGCCCUGCAGUCGGUGGACGAGUCCGUCGAGCACAUGGUUCGCAUCCUCGAGGAGGCCGGAGAGCUCGAGAACACGUACAUCUUCUACACCACCGACAAUGGCUACCACAUCAGCCAGCACCGGAUGCACCCCGGCAAGGAGUGCGGCUUCGAGACGGACGUGCACAUUCCGCUCAUCGUGCGUGGACCGGGCGUCUCUGCGGGUCACGUCAGCAAGGCUGUGACAGCGCACACCGACAUUGCCUCGACCAUCAUGACGCUGGCGGGUCACUCCCUCCCCGAGGACGCCAGCGACGGCUACCCCCUCCCCCUGACCACCGAGGAGAUGCAGGCGUCCAAGCAGGAGCACGUCACCAUCGAGUACUGGGGCCUCGCCAUCCCCGAGGGCCUCUGGGGCUCCUACGGCGACGCGGGCAUGAUCGACCCCGGCUACGGCUCCCAGCCCAGCAUCGCCGUGGGCAACAACACGUACAAGGCCGUCCGCGUCAUCGGUGAGGGCUACAGUCUCUACUACGCCGUGUGGUGCACCAACGAGACAGAGCUGUACGAUCUAAAGACCGACCCCGGAGAGCUCCGAAACCUCUUGGCCCCCGAGCACCACGACAAGGACCUCCGCGUGGCCGGCCGCCCGGUGGACCAGCUGGCGCGCCGCUUGGAUGCACUGACCAUGGUGCUCAAGAGCUGCCGGGGCCGGAGCUGCGUCGAGCCCUGGCGGGAUCUGCACCCGUCCGGCGACGUCCACGGUCUCCUCGACAGCCUGGACGAGCGGUUCGACGACUUUUACCAGACCCAGCCCAGGGUCUCCUUCACCGACUGCAAGAUGGGCUAUCUUCCCGAGUAUGAGGGGCCGAUGGACGUGAGACCCUUCGACGGGAAGGACCAUGCUGCCAGUGGCGCCGGCUGGGGAGGUUGGGAGCAGGUCACCCUGGGGCGCAACCGUGGUCACUGGAGUCUCUGGACGUGA